AUGGUAAAUAUUAAAGUAAAAUUUGGAUCAAUUUCUCGUCGCCUUGGAAUUUCCUCAACCACGACUUGGUCAGAAUUCGAAACUCAAUUGCAUACUUUAUUUAAUAUUCCUCAAAACGUUCCUAUCGUCACUACUUAUACUGAUGAGGAUGGCGAUAUUAUUACACUUUCGAGUGAUAUAGAACUUCAAGAAGUUCUUUCUAAUUCAUCCAAUAAUACGAUCAAAUUCAAUUUAACCACGUCAAAUGGGAAUAAUUUUAAUAACAUGUUUGAUAGAGGAAGGUCAAUCGAUACUAUGAUAGAUGAAGAAACUUUUAGUUUAAUUAACGGUGUAUCCGCCAUUCAAAUUGAAGAAUCAAAUAAUAACAACAGACAUGUCACCAUAACAGAUGAAGAAGAAAUUCCUGGAGAGACUUCAAAAAAAGCCGCUGAAUCUACUAACAACGUUACACGAAACAAUUCUAAAGUUAUUAGUGACGAUGAUCCGGAAAUUAUUGUGAUUGUAGCCACUAAUCCUUGGUCACAAAGACGUCGCGCUCAUUGUAGUGCACAAAGAUUCAGCGGAUUUAAUCCAUAUUAUUACACAUUUGGUGAAAGAUCUCGUCGUGGAAAUACACAAUCGGAUCCCAACAACUCUGGAGAAAGUAAUAGAUUCGCCGCUUCUCGUAGUUACGGGUGUGGUAGGCGCCAUCGUAGAAAUCAACAAAUUCCAUCAGAAGUUGUAGCAGAAAAGGUAAACGUUUUGAAUACAAUGGGAUUUGUUGAUGAUAAUUUAGAAGGAUUAGUAAAGAAAUAUAAUGGAAAUCUCGAGUACAUUAUUGAGGUUUUAUUAUUAAAUCAACGAAACGGACAAAAGGACGAAAACGAAAUAAAAAAGGAUAAUGAUGAUGAACAAUCAAUGGAAGUCGAAGAGAAUACGCCACCAUAUGUUUUAUAA